AUGGCAACUCAAAGCUCCCAAAGCACAUCAAUUCCCUCUCCGCGAUCUGCUAUACCUACAUUCUUCCAUUUCAAGCCCGAAAUCGAGGACGGCAAAAUGGUCGGUGACAUCAAUUAUAAUGGCGAACCAAAGGCUGCUUCACACAACGAGGAGAGCCCAAUGUAUGGACUGUCUACAGUCCCUACAUCGGUGGCACUGACGGCCGAGCAAUUUGAGAGGCUGUACCUGACCCCAAUGACGCGCCGCCAGCCACCAUUGGCCAAACAAGUGGGAAAUCCGACGCCCUUAGCUCUGGGGGGCUUCGUUAUCACCACCACCCCCCUCUCGUGUUGCUUGAUGGCCUGGAGAGGAGCCAGUGGAAAUGGGAUUGCAUUUACCGGCCCUAUCAUCUUUCUUGGUGGUCUUUUGUUACUCAUAACUAGUGUUCUCGAGUUUGUGCUUGGCAACACGUUUCCCUGUGUUGUAUUCGGUACCAUCGGUGGAUUCUGGUUCGCCUUUGCGGCUACAAUGAUUCCCGCCUUCAACUCAGCUGGUCUGUUUAUCCCGUCUCCCUUCUGA